AUUGAAAAUCUUCAAGAACAGUUAAGAGACAAGGAGAAGCAAAUGAGCAGCUUAAAGGACCGAGUAAAAUCCUUGCAGGCUGACACCACAAAUACCGACACUGCCUUGACCACGCUGGAAGAAGCUUUGGCAGAAAAAGAAAGGACCAUUGAGCGCCUAAAGGAGCAACGUGACAGAGAUGAACGAGAAAAACAGGAAGAGAUCGACAACUACAAAAAAGACAUUAAGGACCUGAAAGAGAAAGUCAGCAUUUUACAAGGAGACCUCACAGAGAAAGAGUCUUCCUUACUGGAUCUGAAGGAACAUGCUUCAUCCUUAGCUUCAUCAGGACUAAAGAAAGAUUCAAGACUCAAGACACUGGAAAUUGCAUUAGAACAGAAAAAGGAAGAAUGUUUGAAGAUGGAAACUCAGUUGAAGAAGGCUCAUGAGGCGACACUGGAGGCUAGGGCCAGCCCAGAGCUGAGUGAUCGUAUGCAGCAGCUGGAAAGGGAGGUAACACGGUAUCGGGAAGAAUCUGGCAAGGCUCAAGCUGAAGUGGAUCGUCUUCUGGAAAUCUUGAAAGAGAUGGAAAAUGAGAAGAAUGAUAAGGAUAAGAAGAUAGCAGAACUGGAGAGCCUCACCUCAAGGCAAGUUAAAGACCAAAAUAAGAAGGUAGCAAAUCUGAAGCACAAAGAGCAAGUGGAGAAAAAGAAGAGUGCACAGAUGCUGGAGGAGGCCAGGAGACGAGAGGAUAAUCUUAAUGACAGCUCCCAACAGCUUCAGGACAAUCUACGCAAAAAGGAUGAUCGGAUUGAAGAAUUGGAAGAAGCACUCAGAGAAAGUGUUCAGAUAACUGCAGAGCGGGAAAUGGUGCUGGCACAAGAGGAGUCAGCCAGGAUCAAUGCUGAGAAACAGGUGGAAGAGCUGAUGAUGGCCAUGGAGAAGGUUAAGCAGGAGCUGGAGUCAAUGAAAGCAAAAUUGUCCUCUACACAACAGUCUUUGGCUGAGAAGGAAACCCAUUUGACCAACCUACGAGCUGAAAGAAGGAAACAUUUGGAGGAAGUCCUGGAAAUGAAGUAA